AUGGAACGCUUGUUAUCUCGAUGCACCUCGGUCUUGGGUGUACAAAUUUGGUCUCCAGAUCCUGCGCUGGUUAAAGCCGUGCGCGAAAUGUUCUGCUUCUGUAUUCACGUGGUUUGCCAAAUGCAAUUGUUUGCACGCAGUCCCAUAUUUGAAGGUCAAUUCGGGAGACAUUUCUUCGAAAUGGUUGGAAGGCUGCGUGAGAAGUCUGAUCCUUUGAGUCAAGCAUGUCUGAAAAUCUUUGUGAUGGAUUUGUCUCUGAUAACCCAGGAAAGCCAUGCUACCUCAUGUUGCCCAAUAUGUCAACUUGACCACCAAACCCCAUACUACUCGGGACUACUGCACCCAGAAGAUGAAGGGGAGGCACCAUUGAAAAUUCUACCACCACUUAAUGAAAUACCACGGCUAUCGAAGCCUGAUGAAUGCGCUGUUUGUUACGGACCUAAUUAUACGCCCGUGGCUACUAUACCCUGCGGCCAUAAAAAUACCUGCUUAACAUGCAUUAUUCGAUGGACUAAAAGCGAAGAAGAAGCUCCUCCUAAUGGAUGCCCUUAUUGCCGUGCCAAGAUCGCUCGCUUGGAACUAUUGAUGCCAUAUCCUCGAUUCCAAAUCGAAGAAUCUCAAAUGGAAUCGAAAUACUCACUCGCGAGACCCUUUGCGGAAACUGAAAUGGGUUAUGAGGAAAUGGAGAAAAGACAGAAAGAGGUAAUGGAGGUUGUAAACCUGGUUGGGGCUUGGAUCUGGCGGGUUUCGAAAGAGGAUAGAAAAAUGUCAAAGCUAUUUGAAUGGGGUGCCGGUAAAGUGAACUCGUCAAUUGAUGGCAGUGGUUGUGGUGCGCUGGAUUGGUGGUACAAUAAUUUUGGGGAUGAUAGAGAAGAGAAUACAGAGGUGGGCGAUUCCAGAGGUAUAUACAAGGAUGUCAUUAUAAUGGCUAUGUCGAUUGUUAAAUCGUCGUCAUUAACAUCCGUAUUGGAUAGUAGCAUGUUCUUGAGCAUAUGGAUAUUGGGUUGGAAGACCUGGUGUCAGGAUUUCAUCUUACUUUGUUAUGAGAGAGAAGACGAGGAUGCAGAAUCUAUCCGUAUUUCUGGAGAGUGGUCGACUUUCUUGAUGAGUCACUUGUUCGCUCGCUUAUUUGACUGUGGUGUCUUUUGA